AUGCCGGACCUCGUCCGCGACCACCUCUACUUCGGCGGCAUCAACGACGCCAUCGCGGCCCUCACGGGCCCCCUCCCGGACGGCACCGACAUCACCCACGUCCUCUCCGUCGUCAGCUCCGCCUCCAUCUCCUUCCUCACCGACUACCGCCCGGGCCUCUCGCUCCCGGCCGAGGAGGUCCGCCGCGUGGUCGCCGGGGAGGACGGGGCGCCCUCGUCGGUGGCACCAGGGCGGCUGAUGCGGGUGGUGGAGAGGACCGGGGAAGGCCUGAGGGUCACGCGGAUGGCCGUGCCGCUCAAGGACACGGAGGAGGAGAACCUGCUCGACCACCUCCAGCCCUGCCUCGAUUUCAUCGACCAGGGGAGGAAGGAGGGCAGUGUGCUCGUGCACUGCUUCGCGGGGGUCUCCAGGAGUGCUACUAUCAUCACGGCAUAUCUUAUGAGAACAGAGCAGAAAUCUCUAGAAGAAGCACUAGAGUCUUUGAAGGAAAUUAAUGAGUCUGUUUGCCCAAACGACGGCUUUCUUGAUCAGUUAAAAUUGUUUGAAGAAAUGGGUUUUAAGGUUGAUACUUCAAGUCCAUUAUACAGGCGCUUCCGCUUAAAAUUGUUAGGUCAGUCCUACAAAAUUGGAGAGAAAAUAGGAAACCAUGUAUUUGAAGACGAUCCUGGUGUUGCUCGACAUCCUAAUCCUAGCCAGGAACUGUCCAAUAAGGAGACCCGUAAAACAGGGUACCGCUGCAAGAAAUGCAGGAGGAUCAUUGCUGCAGAGGAAAACGUUAUCAGCCACACGCCUGGUGAGGGAAAUUCUAGCUUUGAGUGGCACGACAAAAGGAAAGGCACAUACAACAAGGAACAAGAUUGCUCUUCGCUGUAUGUCGAGCCUCUCAAGUGGAUGACUCCAGUAGAAGAUGGUGCUUUGGAGGGGAAACUGUCGUGCAUCCACUGCGGAGCACGCCUAGGGUACUUCAACUGGUCAGGGAUUCAGUGCAACUGCGGCAGCUGGAUCACCCCUGCCUUCCAAAUUUCCAAGAGUAAAGUUGAUAUAAGCACCAUCUAGAUCUUUUCCAGAGGCUGGCAGAUUUUAAAAGUUUGGGAGGUUCAGGUGGUGUAAAUACCUAUCAUCAGAUCCAUUUUACGCAAGAUCUCAAAAGAAGCUAUAGGUGGACCAGCUACAUGUAUUCUUUAACGGUUUAGCGUGUAGUCAUUUGCAAGUCUUGGUUCUGAUGGCACAAACUGUAAUAUGAGACAGUAAACUGCGAAUAUACGUUUGCAGCUCUGCUUACGGAAUAGGUUUGACACAAAAUAGUUUACCAACUGAAGAUUACGCCUAAUUGUUUACUUUCUGAAAAUACAAGAUGAAAUGUGGUACAUGAACUGGCAGGUAACAUGUAUUGCCUUGCCUAACUUUUCUUGGAUUUGCCAAGGCA